GGUACGAUCAUCACGUAGGCAGUGCGUCUGUGGAGAUUUAAAUUUGAAGAAAAAUUAUAACGUGCUCUUCAUCGAACGUUAAGGUAGCAUAUUCGAGCUGAUCCACCUGAGCAUCAGAAGAAUCACACUUUGGAAGAUUAGAGACCUUCAAGAAUGGAGCAUCUUCUGCACACUUUCCAGGGUGCCAUCGAGGGGAUGACAUGGGAGCAGAUCAGCAGCACCCUUAUGGAGGUUAUUGCAGACUGCUCUCCUCCUCCUACUCCUCCUUGCCCACUGGAACCUGCUCAACUGGACUCAUACAAACUGAGACCUUCGAGAAUGGAGCAGCUUCUGCACACUUUCCAGGGUGCCAUCGAGGGGAUGACAUGGGAGCAGAUCAGCAGCACCCUUAUGGAGGUUAUUGCAGACUGCUCUCCUCCUCCUACUCCUCCUUGCCCCCUGGAACCUGCUCAACUGGACUCAUACAACCUGAGACCUUUAACAAUGGAGCAGCUUGUGAACACAUUCCAGGGUGCCAUCGAGGGGAUGACAUGGGAGGAGAUCAGCAGCACCCUUAUGGAGGUUAUUGCAGACUGCUCACCUCCUCCUACUCCUCCUUGCACCCUGGAACCUGCUCAACUGGACUCGUACAACCAAAUGUCCACCACAGCCGCCAAUACGCUGCACCCAGGCAUCAACCUGUCGUUACAAAAUCUCUAUCCCAUCAGAACGAUAAAGGUGGUCUAUCAGAUCUUGCCAGCCCCUCGAGUCACAGCACCUGCACCAAAACCCUCCAAGGCAAAAAGGAGGAAGAGGCAUGAAAAAGAGGACCACAUUAAGAAACCGCCCAAUGCCUUCAUGAUGUUCUUGAAAGAGAACAGGCAAAGCGUGGCGGCGGCCAUGAACGUCAAAAGGAGCACCGAAGUCAACACCAUCCUAGGCCAGAUAUGGAGAUCAAUGACAAUGGAUGAACAGAAUAAAUAUUAUAUAAUGGCUGAUGAGGAGCUACGUCGCAGGAGGAGCAGUAGCAGCACUUAGACGGCAUGAAAUAUUGGCUUGCCAAGAUUAUUCGGGCUGUGGCUAUGAUUUGCCGGAAGUGACUGCAAAACAUGUCAUACAUGACUGCCCCCCCCGAUCAUCAUCACCCACCCUACCCGACCACCAAAUAAGAUCCGACAGGAUGCUCACCAACCAACAAUAGCAACAACAGCAAUAGUUAACUGUUUCAGCUCAUAAUUAAAAACACGGUUGUUUAAGGCCACAACCACUAGGGGAGCUUCUUGGUAGAGUUAUACAUAAUGUACAGGUGUGUAUUUUGUUCAUAUUCUGGUGUCUUAUUUAUGUAUAAAUGUAUGUAGUUUUGAGAGUGUGUUGAGGGAAGAGAGAGUUUGGAAGUUAGUAUUUGAAAAACAUGUGCACUGCAUAUAAAUAUAUAAUUAUAUUGUAUUUAUUCCUUUUUAUGCUUAUACUGUAUAUACAUAUUCUAUUAUAUUUUGUACUUUUUGUGAUAAUUUAU